AUGGCGCACAUAGUCUAUCAGAUGGACAAUGCCGGCAAUCAUGGUCCAAGGGCCGAGACUCAAGUGAAUAGGUUCAGGGAUUUCUUCCGCACCAACCCGCCCAUCUUUCGUGGCUCUAAGGAUCCUCUGGAUGCGGAUUUUUGGCUCAAUGUUAUUGAAGAAAAACUUGGUCUUAUUGAAUGUGAGCCACAUGAGAAGGUUCUUUUUGCUGCUCAUCAACUGCAUGACGCCCCUAGGGCUUGGUGGCGGAACUUCAAAGCCUCUCACCCUGCUAACCACCGUUUCACAUGGGAGGAAUUUCGGACAGCUUUUCGCUCCUUCCAUAUCCCCAAGGGCAUAAUGGAUAUCAAGAAGAAAGAAUUUCUGAAUCUUACUCAAGGAAAUCGUGAUGUGAUGGCAUAUGUGAAUAUCUUCAACACUCUCUCCCAAUAUGCACCUGAAGAAGUGGCCACCGAUGCCAAGAAGUAA